AUGGCCCCCGGGACAGACCGACGGACAGAGCCCCUCGGCCUCCACCAGGGACGGAUCGCCCCCAGGACAGACCGACGGACAGAGCCCCUCGGCCUCCACCAGGGACGGAUCGCCCCCGGGACAGACCGACGGACAGAGCCCCUCGGCCUCCACCAGGGACGGAUCGCCCCCGGGACAGACCGACGGACAGAGCCCCUCGGCCUCCACCAGGGACGGAUCGCCCCCGGGACAGACCAAGCCCCUCGGCCUCCACCAGGGACGGAUCGCCCCCGGGACAGACCGACGGACAGAGCCCCUCGGCCCCGCCAGCGACGGAUCGCCCCCGGGACAGACCGACGGACAGAGCCCCUCGGCCUCCACCAGGGACGGAUCGCCCCCGGGACAGACCAAGCCCCUCGGCCUCCACCAGGGACGGAGCCCACCCGGGACAGACCGAGCCCCUCGGCCCCGCCAGGGACGGAUCGCCCCCGGGACAGACCGACGGACAGAGCCCCUCGGCCUCCACCAGGGACGGAUCGCCCCCGGGACAGACCAAGCCCCUCGGCCUCCACCAGGGACGGAGCCCCCCCGGGACAGACCGAUGGACAGAGCCCCUCGGCCUCCACCAGGGACGGAUCGCCCCCGGGACAGACCGACGGACAGAGCCCCUCGGCCUCCACCAGGGACGGAGCCCACCCGGGACAGACCGACGGACAGAGCCCCUCGGCCUCCACCAGGGACGGAUGGCCCCCGGGACAGACCGACGGACAGAGCCCCUCGGCCUCCACCAGGGACAGAUGGCCCCCGGGACAGACCGACGGACAGAGCCCCUCGGCCUCCACCAGGGACAGAUGGCCCCCGGGACAGACCGACGGACAGAGCCCCUCGGCCUCCACCAGGGACGGAUCGCCCCCGGGACAGACCGACGGACAGAGCCCCUCGGCCUCCACCAGGGACAGAUCGCCCCCGGGACAGACCGACGGACAGAGCCCCUCGGCCUCCACCAGGGACGGAGCCCACCCGGGACAGACCGACGGACAGAGCCCCUCGGCCUCCACCAGGGACGGAUCGCCCCCGGGACAGACCGACGGACAGAGCCCCUCGGCCUCCACCAGGGACGGAUCGGGCUGA